AUGGAUCCCCCAAACCAGCAUGGCAGCGGCAGUUCGUUGGUCCUGACCCAGCCGCCCGCCCUGGACAGCCGGCAGAGGCUCGACUAUGACAGAGAGAUCCCGCCUGCUGCUAUCUUGUCCCUGGACCAGAUCAAAGCCAUCCGAGGCAGCAACGAAUACACGGAAGGGCCGUCCGUGGGGAGAAGACCUGCUCCUCGAACAGCCCCGAGACAAGACAAGCACGAGAGGACUCACGAGAUUAUACCAAUUAAUGUGAAUAACAACUACGAGCAUCGACCUGCGGGCCACCUGGGACCCGCGGGGCUCUCCCACCACCACGCCCGGGGCCCCGUGCUGAGCCGGUCCACCAGCACCGGGAGCGCGGCCAGCUCGGGGAGCGGCGGCAGCGCCUCUUCUGAGCAGGGGCUGCUGGGAAGGUCGCCGCCCGCCAGGCCCGUGCCUGCCCAUCGGUCCGAGAGGGCCAUCCGGACCCAGCCCAAGCAGCUGACGGUGGUGGACGACUUGAAGGGCUCUCUGAAAGAGGACCUGGCCCAGCACAAGUUCAUCUGCGAGCGGUGCGGCAAGUGCAAGUGCGGCGAGUGCACGGCCCCGCGGACCCUGCCGUCCUGCCUGGCCUGCGACCGGCAGUGCCUGUGCUCCGCGGAGAGCAUGGUGGAGUACGGGACCUGCAUGUGCCUGGUCAAGGGCAUCUUCUACCACUGCUCCAACGACGACGAGGGCGACUCGUACUCGGACAGCCCGUGCUCCUGCUCCCAGUCGCACUGCUGCUCCCGGUACCUGUGCAUGGGGGCCAUGUCUCUGUUCCUGCCUUGCUUACUCUGUUACCCCCCUGCCAAGGGCUGCCUGAAGCUCUGCAGGGGCUGUUACGACUGGACCCACCGCCCGGGAUGCAGGUGUAAGAACUCCAACACCGUCUACUGUAAGCUGGAGAGCUGCCCCUCCCGGGCUCAGGGCAAGCCCUCAUGA